AACAACCCUAUUAUCGAACAUACUCGACACCGCACUCAACCCAGCUUUACGCCAGAUUAUUGCCUGAAAUAUGGUCUGAAUCGAUUCUUACUUCCCUUCCAUACACUCGCUCAAACUCGUAUCGGCUUAGUGAGAACAACCGCCGACCAGAAUCAUCGCCAAACAAUGGCUGCGAGGAAUCAACCGACGUUCAACCUCUUCUCAGGCGAACCAGAGCUGCCUCCUCCGUCGCGCGAACCUCUAAGACAAACCUUCAAAUCAACGUUUCGAACGUCGCAGAAUGCGCCCCAUACCAUUGUACCAUCUGACCCGGCAAAUGAAGACCUGCGCGCGCAGAUCAAUACCCUUCGCUAUGAGCUUGAAACAGCGAAACAAGAACAGGAGAAAGUGAAGCUCGAGCACGAUGCUGAGGUUCGCGACUUGCAGUACCGAUCAGAUGCGGAAUACAGGAAGGCGCAACAGGCAGAGUCUGCAAAUGAGCUCACAGCGAAAAAGUAUGAAUCUCUCCGAAAGGAGAUGUCGGAGGCGCAGACGCGCAAUGAGAAUGAAAGGCAGGAUUUACAAAAGCGGUUGCGCACAUCACAGGACAAAGCCCAGCAGCUGCAGGAAGAUGCUGAUGAAUUGAAGGAAGAGCUUGCGACCACACAGAGGCAAAAUGAGCAUCGCUACAAUACUUUGCAGACGGAGCACCGCGCAUUAAAGGAAUCGGUCGAGGAUAUCAGGGCAGAUACAGACGCGAAGAUAAAUGCUAUGCACAUGGCUCAAAGGAAGCUGGCGCAAAAAGAGGCGGAAGUGGGAGAGCUCGAGGCUGAAGUUCUACGGCUCAAGGCCAUCACUGGAGAUGCAGAAACUAUAGCGGUGAUCAAGAAGGAGCUAUCGGAGCAAGUGACGCACAUUAAAAAGCUGGAAACCCUCACCCGAGAGCAGAGUAACGAGCUAAAGCAAUACCGCAAACAACACAAGGCGAUCGAGGUUGUCGAGGAAGAGAAGCGAUCAUUGCAGACCAAACUUCGACUGGUAGACGAACUACAGAGGCAGCUUAGCGAGGCAGAACGGAGGAAACAAGCUCUGGAGGACGAGCGCAACUCCUGGACUUCCUACUUGGAAAACGAGGUAGAAGGCGACACGCAGUUCGACACCCCUGAAGAUCUCGCACGAGCUUUCAUCCAAGUACGCUUCGAUAAGACAGAUUUGAUGAACCGUCUUGGAGAGAUUCAACCCGAACUUACCGUAAAGGAAUCCAAUAUCCAGGCCUUGGAAGACGAAAAAGCCAAACUGCAAGCCGAGAUCCAACAGUUGAAAACUGCAGGCAGCAGCGCACCAGACUCAAACGAAGCUAAGGCGCGGACCAGACUCGAACGUCAAAAAGUUCUGCUGGCAAAGGAGCUCGACUUCCUCCGCGCCCAAAUGAAAGCUUUUGAUGACGAGGAACGUGAAAUGCACCCUGAGACCUUUGACACCGCAAAGACGGAUCGCGUGAAAGAGCUCGAGGACCUGGUUGACCAAUACCGCAAAGAAAUAGACACAUUACAAAAAGAUUUCAACAGCAUAGAACGUCCUCCUGUGGUCACGGCGGGCCAAAAACGUUCUCUCGACACCGAUGAAACGGACGAGCGAGUGGGCGAGCUCCGUCGCAAGAACCGGAAGCUGGAAGACGACAACUCCACCAUGCAAAAGCGCAUCAAGAUGAUCGAAACAGAGUAUAAAGCGCAACAUUCGCAACUCAAGAAACUCAAAGAAUCGUCCAGGACAAGGGUUCUCGAGCUCAAAGCCAACCCCACCGCCGACGCCGAAGCCUUGAAACUUAGCACCGUCCGUACUUUGCGAGAAGCUAAUACACAGCUCCUCGCGCAACUUCAGGGCCGGACACCGUCUCCCGCUGUUCCUUCGGCCGCGCUCACUGCUACGCAAGACCAGCUUACCGAAGCCUUGACGCAACUCGCGUCCCAGGAAAAGAAGAUCAAACGGCUCAAGCAAAUCUGGCAGGCCAAGUCACUCGAAUUCCGCGAGGCCGUGGCGUCCGUCUUGGGCUGGAAACUCGACUUCAUGCCCAACGGACGGGUCAAGGUGACGUCCAUGUUCAAGCCCGCCGACGACGACUGCGAAAACAGCAUCGUGUUUGAUGGAGAGAACGGAACGAUGAAGGUCAGCGGCGGCGAGCAGAGUGUUUUUGCAGGCGAGAUCAGAGAUCAGAUCGUGUAUUGGGUCGAGGGGCGCAAAGAGAUUCCUUGCUUUCUGGCUGCGCUGACUUUGGAAUUUUGGGAGAAAAAGAACGGGGACAUGACCACACGGGAUAUGUAA